AUGUCGGACGAGGACAAGAUGACUCCCAGCAAAUCGGCAGCUGGCCCUAAUAGUCCUAAACCGGAGUCGCCGACUACUGCGCGUCCCUUGGAUUUCGAUGAUGAACCUCAAGAAAGCGGUGUUACCACUGCCCCUCCGCAGCAAACUGGUACAGAAGCUGCCCCGCCGAAGCCACCCCGUCCAGUGAGCCCGCGGCAACAGGCAGAGAACACCCUCAGAGAAGCCUUUCCCACCAUCGAAGCAUCCAUCGUCAGGGCAGUUUUGGUGGCCAGCGACUGGGAUGUCGAACGGGCUUUUCAUGCUCUCCUUGGCAUGACCGACCCCAACGCUCAGCAAGAAGAAAUAGCGCCUCCGAAGCCUCCUCGUCCGUCUGCGACGCAGAGGCAAUUGGAAGCGGAUGAGUUGUAUGCCCGUCAACUAGCCGAGCAUUACAACCGUCCUGCACAGCAAUCCCGGUGGGAUGAAUCUCGACAUGACCGGGCUAGAAGAGGAAGUGAUCAGUCGGAAGAGCGGGAAUACAGUUUUUUUGACGAUGAUCUUCCUGUAAUCCGCGAGAACAUUCGCAAGGGCUUCCUGGAGACUCAGUCCAAAGUGAACUCUUGGGUCCAGAAUCUCAAAAAGCGACUUGACGGUGAAGACGUCGAUGAGGGUCCAGCUAACCAGCGUUAUGGUGAAGGCCAGGGUUACAGUCGACCAAGAAGGAGUGGCGAUAUAGGUCGUCGCAGCGGUGACCGCGAACGUUACGAUGCUGACCCUCAGUUGUUGAGCGACGACUUCUCUGCACUGGAACUGAGAGACUCUGAAGCACCUCCACCCCAGCCACCAAGGAGACCACUUGCCAACCAAAAUUUGUAUAAAUCAACUUCUCCUUCACCUGACAGACGUAAGGUAUCUUUUCAGGAGGGUCCGCCAUCCGAGAUUGGCAAUCUUUAUGAUACUUCCGACCCGGCCAAACGCACGUCCACGGGAGGCAAGUCGAGCAAAUGGCAGCCGCUGGCCACAGUAGAGCCAUCGCCUGUCGCAGAGAAUGAUCCGUUCAGCCUGGGAGACAGCGAAGAUGAGAGAGAUACUAAGGGCAAAGAGCAGAAUAAUGCUGAGGAAGCUGAUCGUAUCAAGAAGGCUACAGCAGAGGCGAUGGCCGGUGAGCUUGGGUCUACGAAGGAUGACAAACAGACACAGGCCGCUGGAAAGUCAUAG